AUGUGCAGGUUACCCAAAAAAGGCAAAAAGGCAUGCACCAUCGUGCCAUGCUCCCGAUGCCGAAAGCGCAACCUCGAAUGCACCAUAGACGAUAGCUUUACGAGAGAGCACAAGCGUCGCCGAUACAUCGAGCUCGAACAUGAGAAUGAACAGUGGCGUCAACAACUGCAAAGCUCACAGCAGCUGAUUACCAAUUCCGUACCUGUUGCUUUGCCAACAGCGGCAGCUUCAAUAGCGGUAUCGGCCGUAAUUAAGUCGGAUGCUCACUUGGGGGAUCCUCGGGCUUCAACACUGUCGUAUCCCCAAUAUCAGCUUCCUCUAUCGGGUUCCACGCAGGUUGCGAUAAUGGGCGAUGAUGACGGUACAAAGCUGCGAGCCCUGAAGAGCGUGACCCUUGCAGGCGAAGAGAUUGAUGAACUGUACCAAAACUUCUUCCGUCACUAUGCCUCGUUCCUCCCAAUCCUUGACGCUCAGACUAGACCCGAUGUCUACUAUGCGCAGUCUCCGUUCUUAUUUUGGGCCAUCCUUGGUGUCUCCAGUCGGUCAUAUGGUCGGAACCCAACCCUGCAAUCUGCGCUGGCGCAGGAGGUUACGGAGAUGGCGUUCAUGUCGGUCCUAUCAACGUGUGCGCCAUGGCACAUCAUUCAGGGAUUAUUGAUCUUGUUAACCUGGCCAUUUCCCAAGGACAACCGCCCAGAUGUGACCUUUCCGAUGAGUGGGAUGCUCCUACACGUGGCGAUGCAAAACGGAUUUCACAUUCCGAUGUCGAGCCAUGAGUUUUCCAGAGUAAAGAUACCGGCGCCUUCUGAAUUGGAUAUGGUUCGGCGUUCGGAGCUCUGGGCUCAUUGUGUUCUUGUGUACCAACGGUCAUGUUUGAUCAAGGGGCAGUCCCCUCGCAACCUUGUAACCAUGGCACAGGAUGAGACCCAACGCCAGGUACUAUUUGAUAUGAUCGCCCCACACCUGGUCCAAAAACUCAGAUGCCAAGAGGUUUUGGGGAAAUGCUGCGAAGCAGUUCUCGAGAAUGGAGUCCGUGCGAUGACCCUGGAACAGGAGCUAGCUCUGGAUGUUCUGUUGCGAAGGUUUGAGGGGGACGUGGACGACAUUGCGUUGCAGGCGGUGGUCGAAGAUGAAAGGUACUACCUGCUCCUUUGCCGGAUGGCAAUCCAAAGUUUCCAUUUCUACAAAACGCAGACGAUUGCUACCAGCGGGUGUCUUCCGCGUCUCAUCGUCACCGCUUGCAACCUGGUGGACUAUGUUCAAGCCUUAGCGGAUCGCACGGGGUACCUCUUCAUGGUGCCUGUUCAGAUCACUUUUGGGUUACUCUUGGCUUCGAUGUCGCUGUUGCGCAUUCUCAAAAGCGACCUUGCAUCCAGCGGACUCGACACAAGCAGGGCCCGAGCCACUUUCUUUGCUGCUAUCAAUCUGGCGAAGCAGAUGUCGACUGACAGAAGCGACACGGCGGCCAAAAUAGUAACUGUGCUCACUCAGCUCUGGAACAGCAGUAAAGCAUUCCGCAAAGCCGAUGGCUCGGAUUACACGGCGCUUCGAAUUCGCAGUCGCUUGAUCCUUAGUCAGAUUCUGGAUUCUGUUUGGUGGUGGCGAGAUGAGUUUGACCCCAAGGCGCGCGCUGAAAUGCGAGGAUGUGAGUUUAUGGACAAUAUCUCUUCGCGUGGCAGAUCGUUUCAGGGGAUAGAGGUAGGGCAUGCUACCGUCGGGACAGAUCCCGGUCGAGAGCCCUCCUCUAGGGGGAAUGUCCAGAACCUGAGUACUUCCCGACGAGACGAUCUCUACAUGAACGAGGAUUACUUGACCAAUUUUGAGUGGUUGAGUGAUGAGAUCUUCUCGUUCCCUCUUGAUUCGUCCUACAAUCUUGCAUGA